AUGGAGCCCCGGGACACAGCGGCCUCCCCGCCCGACCCCGGCCCCGGCCCCCAGCCCCGGCCCGGGACCUCGGGUCACAGCAAAAGCUGGAAAAAUGAGAGCGCAGUAAAAGGAUUGGAGAGAAAAACACCAACUGUGACCACCAGAGCCCCUACGAUUCAUAUGAAAUUACAGAAACACAGAGAAUUAGCCAGAAAAGUACUAAAGAAGAAAGGAAUUGGUGGAGGCCCAAUCAUCCAGCAACCAAAAUCGGGCACCAAAAGGUCAGUGAAGUUCAACAAAGGCUAUGCUGCACUGAACCAGAAUCCAGAUGAUUCUUUAGUGUACUUGGAUUCUGACAGUGAUGGGGAAUUUGAAUCAAAAUAUUAUUCAUCUUCAGGCUAUUCCUCUGCAGAGCAGGUAAAUCAAGACCUGAACCAACAGCUCCUGAAAGACGGCUACCGUCUGGACGAAAUCCCAGACGAUGAGGAUCUUGACUUAAUUCCUCCGAAGCCUGUCACCUCAUCAGCCUGCAGUUGCUGUGUGGCAGAAAACACUUGCACUAUUCAGUAAUUAGGAGCCUUGCGGGGCGUCCCAUUCACUAUGUCAAAGUUAGUCCUAUCUUGGGUAACGGAUUUUUGUGAACAGCGCAUAGAAGGUAAAAAAUGAGUGUGUGUGUGUGUUGGAUGUGUGUGUGUUUUUGCUAAUUAAUUUGCAUUAGUAAAAUAAAUUUAAACUCUAAAACUAUUCUAGCAUGUCAGGGUCCCUUUUAUUUGUAAAAGUAUAUAUGGCUAUUGGAAUCGCUGAUCCCUUAUAAUACUAAAUGUUCAGUCCAUGCUAUUCUUGCAACUAAAUAAAUAUAAUAUAUAUAAUAAGAUCCAUAUCCCAAUGAGUGAUGAUGAGAAUAUUGAUUAAAGGCCUUAAAUCUUGUCUAAUUUUAGCCUGUAAGACCAUUUGUAUUCAAAAUUUCAGUUUG